AGGCCCGUAGCCCGCGCCUCGUCAUCUGUUGCCUUACGCUGCCAUGUUUACUAAAAUGAAAGUGACGUGCCGUACACAACGAAUAACCUCUACGAGAUUUUGACAAAUUCGCGAAGCAUUCCAUUUCGAUAUUACAACGAAACAAUACUUGUGAAGCUUUUUUAUAUUGAGACAAACGUUGGUGUGUUAUCACUUAAUAGUGAAGGUGUGGACAUUAAUAUUUACGAGUGAAUAUAACCUAUUUAACUGAUAUCAAACGAAACACCAAUUUUUAUAUUUUUAUGACGACAGAGUUGAUAUUUGGGAACAUUUAUAUUGAGAAGUUUCAGUAAGAGUGAAAGUGAGCAGGAUGAACCUUCCCCGCUGUAUGACAACAACCAUUACCACGAGGAAUGUCUGCGUUGCAACUCCUGUGGAUUGAACCUAACUGGACCCAAUCAGAAACGAGCGAGGCGUUUCAAGAAUCACAUACUCUGCGAUCUGCACUUCGCAGACGUAGCGCUGAUGGAGUGUAGCGACUUUAUGCAGCAGCUUCGCAGCUUCAAACCCCAGUCACUGGGCUGCGCAGUAGCCAGGCGGAAGUCUUCUACCACAUUAAUAUUCCCGCUGCCACCACAGGCGUGCUCAGAUGAAUUCUGUGAAGAAUAUCCACAUAACUUGAUACCAACGCCUGGCUACUGGAUCGAGUGCUCAAGACAGAAGAUUGCUACAGACACGAUAUGGGAUGAAUCCGAAUCUGAACAUGAUAGCGGACCAGAUAGAGAGAAUGAAAAUGACCGUUACCAAAGAUCCGGUUCCCUUGACGAAGCGGCGGAAGAUAGCAGUGACAAUGGCGGAAGUACGCCCAAAAAGAAAACCGCGAUUGAGGAACAAUGGGAGAGGUCGGGAGGCUUCGAACUGACCUCCGUGGAACAGGAGACAUAUGAAAAGUACUUUUAUGGAACUGAACAUUGGAACUACUUCACAAAUGAUGAAGAUCUUGGACCUGUGAUAUUGUCUAUUAAGCAAGAAACUCUGAACAACAGGGAUCAGUUUAGGAUUUUAGUUCGAGCAAUAAGUUACACAGUGCAUGGUUUGAUCCCAGCAUCUUGUGUGUUCGCGGACCGGUACAAUCGCGAAGAAGUGGUGAGGUCUCUCGGCAAGGAGGUCAAUAUAAACCCACCGCUUAUGCUGGGACAGCUGCCCGACACACCCGAGGAAUUACUGAAGCUUGAUCAGGUAUUCAUCAAGUCGGAGCUAAAAGUCGGUGUUAUUUACGUCAAAGAGAACCAGUACACUGAAGAGGAAAUAUUGGAUAAUAAUGAAAAUUCGCCGCUAUUCGAGGAAUUCCUACAAGUGCUUGGUGAAAAAGUACGAUUAAAAGGUUUUGACAGAUAUAAAGGUGGUUUGGACACUGUACACGAUUUGACUGGACUAUAUUCAGUGUACACUAACUGGAGAAGCAUAGAAAUAAUGUUUCACGUAUCAACGCUGUUGCCAUAUGAAAGGCACGAUCCUCAAAAGUUACAAAGGAAACGCCAUAUUGGGAACGAUAUUGUGUGCGUCGUGUUCCUCGAAGCUGACAACACUGCGUUCUCGCCGGCUUGUAUUAAAAGUCAUUUUCUGCAUACAUUUAUUUUAGUGCGAGUCGCAACGAAAUCGAAAAAGCGACCAACAAGAUAUGAAGUUUCCGUCGUAACUCGUGAUGAAGUGGGUGCCUAUAAGCCUUACUUGUGGGAGCAGAGCGUCUUCGACAAAGGACCUAUGUUCAGGGAAUGGCUAUUGACGAAAAUCGUGAACGGAGAACGAGCGUCCUACUCCGCUCCGAAAUUCGCGAGGAUGCAGGAACGCACGCGCAGCCAAAUGUUAGAAGACAUUGUUGCUAAUCUUCAGAACCACGCCGAGACCGGACAAAUACCUAAACCUUAUAGACGUGGAUCGUGGCGUCCAAUAGGCCACAUGCGGCCUUCUUCACCAUUACUGGAUUCCGUACGGGAUCAGUUUGAAGACUACGAUCAGUUGGCUAAAGAUUUCACUAGAGUUUUUCUUAAUAAUGAACUGAAUACAGCACAGAACGCACAAUUGUUUGACGUUGUUUUCCUCGUGGGACAGUCGAAGCAGAAGACACGGUUUAUUGGUGUAAGGGCUAUACUUGGAGUAAGGAGUCGAGUGUUCCAAGAAAUGUUGUACGGCAUCCAAACGGGUUUUGGGUCCCCUCAAGUUCCGGUGGCGGAGCUGUUGGCCCGACCCGCGCCAACCCUGCUCUCCCCGACGCCGGCUAAACAGAAAAGCAGCAACUUUUUACAAGUACCAGACAUUGAGUCACCCAGACCAAAAAGUGUUCCAAGUUCUCCGAUGGUAAAGCGCGCAUUCUCCCGCCUCGGGACCAUAACAGCAGGUUGGGGCAGAUCCAUCAGGAAACAACAUUCGCAACUGAACGCAGACGAUAAGAAGAAGUGGGCCAGUUCCCAAGAUUGUUCUAAUAAAGAGAAUAAAGAAAAGGAGAAAGAGAAGAACGCAGCUUUAGCCGUGCCAAGGUUGUCAGUAUGCGCAGAUGCGCAAAAAGUCGAUCGUGCCAAAUUAGCUCAAACUGAGUUUUCCAUAAUAGAAUUCGACCCGGAAACAUUUCGUAUCCUCUUGGAUUACUUACACACGGGCAGCUGUCCUCUGACCUGCGCGUCCAUUCCGGGGCUUAUCUGUGCAGCUGAGCAUUACGACUUACCAGAACUGCUGCAGGCCUGCUUCCACCAUGCCAAGCAGUUUCUAAGGAUAGAAGUGGUGUGCACCAUGCUUAUAUCUCUAGAAAAUUACUACUGGAGAUACACCUCCGCCUCGGAACUGGUGAACAUGAUUCUUGCAUUCAUAGAACAACGCGCCUACGCCUUAUUCCAGACACCGGAGUUCCUAAACCUCUCAGAAUCAAUGGUCCAAAUGAUUAUGUGCAGGAACCUCGAAGUACCCGAGGUCCGCAAAUUUGAGGCCAUGCUGAGUUGGGCGAGAAACAAAAUCAAAGCGAAAUCUGCCAACAAGACUGACGCCAAAAAUGAAUUCAAAUGCAUCAUGGAGCGGUUGGCGAGGGAUCUGAAGCUGUACAGAAUAUCCCCACAAGAGUUGAUCAAAGUGGUGCUUCCUUCAAAAGCUAUCAAGAACGAAAGAAUCCUGGAGACUCUUAUGUACCAAGCUAAUUCCGGGAUGUAUAGGAUCCAAGAGGAUUACAUCGAGGCCUGCCAACAACGUAUUCAGAAGCAAGACUCUAGAUUUUCCGAAUUCGAGAGUUUUGACUACGGCAUAUAAUUGGAGCUGUGAGGAAUAUCAGUGUAUUAGAAUAGAAACUGUCCUGCAAGAAAACUUUCGGUAAAUUUUAGUAUGGUAUAGUUCAUAAAACAAUCUUGGUAGCAUCGUUCUAUAUAGAGUCUGAUCUUCCAAUGUAUAAAGAGUCUGUUAACUCUAAAAACGCAAAAUUGAUGAACGGCGUAUGCAUGAAGAGAUUCUGGGUCUCAAGGGUCCAGACUGUUUAAGUUCUGAAACGUCGAAAUUUUUCUAUCAGGCCAGUUUGGUUCGGGUUCUUCUUCGUGGAAUGUUGAAGCCUUCUAAAGUAUUAUUGUUGUAGAUGUACUUUGUAGAGGUGCGAGAAAUAUUUGUACACUUCUCGAAUACACCUAAUCCUUGUUGUUGUUCAUUGAUACCUAUAUAUUUUAUACAUUAGCUAGACGUGUUCAGUAUAAUCAUCUCUAUUUUUGGUACCAGAAAUUUGGAAACAUGUCGAGUACAAAAUCGUGAUCGUACGCUCAGAAACUGGGGAAUAUGUAUUUUUUAUUUUCCUAUAUCAUCGUCCUUCUUACCGAUAAGCGCCUCCUAACUUUGUACCACCAAACCAAAUUCAGCGAGACGAUUUUAUCUCAAAAUUAAAACCCUACUGACAGACCAGUAGGCUGAUGUUAAUGAUCAACUGUGCAGAAUUCGUGAACAUAACAUUACUUUGAUUUUCCAUGGAUGAAAUUUAAAAUGUAAUGGCUGUCUAGACAAUAAUUACAUAAAUGUAAUUAAGCUGAGAAUCUGUUAAUUGAGGCCAUGAUUAAGAUAUAGAGAGUCUGUUUGGAGGUGUUAAAAAUGGGUUCGUCAGUUUUCAUCGGUAAGGGGGCGUAAUAAAUAAACAUACUCUAGUGGGAUUAACUUUAAAAUGCGUAUUUAAUUUAAAUUUAUGAUAAACCUUAUAUCUUGAAACUAUCCGCCCUUGCAGUUAACUAAUGUUGGAAUAAUUUUGCUCAUAAUAUUAUGAAUUAGAAUUUAAUGUCCCUUUUAUUGCAAUCAAUUAGAUAAGAUCCCCAGAAUGAUCAAAAUGAUAAAUAUUUAUUACUAGCCGAGCAUUGAAGAGACGAAUUCAAAAUGGCUACAGCUUUAAGUAAUCAGAAAAGAUUACAUUUUAAAAUACAAUAUAAACCUAAAAAGUAUAUUAAAUAGAAUGUUUUAAAAGGCAUAUUAAUAUACAAUUAAAUAUGAAGAUUGCUAAUACAAUAUAAUAUUAUUAAUUGUCACUAAUUGUUACGUAUAUUUGCGUAAUAUAAUGAUGAAUUUGAGGAUGUUAUGAGUAAAACAGGAAUAGUGUGCGACUGAGAGGCGAAGAGAAACGCCAUUUUGAAAUCAUUUCUUUAAUGCCUGGCUAAAGUUAGAAAUACAAAGCGACUGAUGCAUAAAUUAAACAAAAAUAUAAUGGAAUUCUAAAUGUUAGAUGUUAUAUAUUUAUGAAAAUAUGAAAAAUUGUCUAAACAUAAAUGUAAAUAACAAAGAAAAAGCAACAAAAAAAUCUUAUGUUUGUGUAGAUGAAUGUAGAACCUCUAUACCUAUACUUUCGAUACUGUGACAAAACCAUCAUUUCUGUUAUUUAUACAUCACCUAGGUUCUAUAUGAAAAAAAUGAUUCGUUAUUUUUACGUAUCGUAUAUUUACGGGGAAUUCGACAUAAAACACCUACUACUUCUGGCAAUUACGAAUUGUGCUUUUCUUAUAGAACCAGGCGAUAGAUUAGAUUUUAUACUAAUAACCAAUAAGUCAAGCUUUAAACUCUACUAUACCUGUGUGCCUACUAUGUAAACAAUCGUGGAUUUGAGCUUCUGACACCAAGAACAUGCGUUGUAGAAGCAACACGCAAAGAAAUUCUGUCAGGCGCUUACGUCUCCGAUAGUGUCAUUUUUACGCGCUCUUCCUUAUUUUAACACUGCUUUGUCUAUGUUCAAAAUUUGUAUACUGGCAAUAAAUGUAUUAGUGUUCAAGAACCGCAUCUAGAUGAAAUUAAAACUUAUCAAGGUUUGCCACAAUACAAAAACAAUUUUUUACCUUAAAUUCUAAAAUAUUUCUUCUAAAAAAACAUUUUUUUGAAUGAUAUUAUUGCAUAAUUCUGUUAGGCGAUCUGAACAUUGAAUGCCUGUUAAUUUCUUAACCUGUAACUUUUUUUAAACCUGGGUCUUACUUUAAAAAUAUUAUAAGAGGCAUAAUAUUAUUUAAAAACUAUUGUAUAGCAUUACUAUUGAAUAGGUGUUAAUAAUAUUGUGUAGCCUAAAACGUUUCUAAAAUCUGAAUAAAAUUUAAAUGCGUUGGAUUGUCAGUAAAAUUUUUAUACUUGUGAAAAUCUUGUUGUGAACGGUUCCCUGCUCAACCCUGCUCCUUAUUAAUGGUAAAUUUUCAAAAUAUUAUAUAGCUUUCUCCUAUUAUUUUUAAAUACUCGUAAAUUAAGUUUGGUUCAUGGUAACACCAAGAUUCGUCAAGCUAUUGAUAUAAGUUUUCUAUUCCAAUAUUUUACCUUCCCGUGUUUGUGGAUGUUAUUAAAUGUAUGAGGUACAGAUCUUCAAAUGUACACAAACAAUAAAGUAUCUAUAACUGUUAUUUUGCGUGAGCAAGAAUAUUUAUUGAAAUUUUAUG